AUGAUGCUGGAAGUUCCAGAAACCAAUAUAUCUUUCAAGUUCUCUCUUUCACAAUCCUGCAAUCCUGAACUUCCCGAGAUUUCUCGCGACAACCUGACCUUCCACCACAUUAAUAGCCCUUCUCAAGACGAAUUCGGCGACCUAGCCGUCGACUCGCAGCUAGCCUCCUCGUCAGCAAUCGCCGGCGUCUCCGAGCUUCUCAACGGGUGCAUCUGCUGCAACCUAGUCGGGCAGCUCUCCGUCGCGCUUUCUGAGCUGCAACAGACCGUCCAGCCGGACCGCAUCGUCAUCGAGACGUCCGGCUCUGCCUUCCCUGCCACGCUGGCGCUCGAAGUGAACAGGCUGGCCCGCGAAACGGGCGGGCAGUACGUGCUGGAUGGUGUGGUCAGUGUCAUUGAUGUUGAGAAUUGGAAGGGGUAUGAGGAUACCAGCUACACGGCCAAGAUCCAGGCGAGGUACACGGAUCUGAUUGUGUUUAAUAAGUGGGAGGGGCAAGGGGAGAGGAGGUUUGACGAGUGUUUGGAUAGGCUGGGCGAUUUGGAGGGGGUGGAUACCGCGUGGGUGAAGAGUGAUAAGGGGUGGGUGGAUAUGAGUGUGGUGUUUGGGAUUGAUGGUGGGUUGGCGAGGGGUUUUACGGAAGAGACUGGCACGGGGGAUGGACAUGUUCAUGAUGAUAAGUGUGGACAUGACGACAAGCAUAAGCAUGAUCAUCAGACUGAGGUGGAGGUGUUAAGUGUUGAGCUCAAGAGCUCGGAGAGCAAAAAGGCGGCAACGGUGGAUGCGAACAAGUUGUUGGCUUUCCUGAGGAAUACCAGCAGGGAGGAGGUGUAUAGGAUCAAGGCCGUGUUGACGGUUUCUGCAAAGGCAGCGUGGGAGAUGUUGAAGAACUCGGAUGAGGAUAUGAAGGUGUCCAAACCACCUACAUUUGCGGGCGAAGGCCCGGAUACGAGGUAUAUCCUCAACUGGGCGUUUGGAAGGUGGACAUUUACGCGUGUUGGGGACGCCGUCAAGGAGCAUGACUCCAGCAAGGAGGCAAUACUGAGGAUGACCAUGAUCUUGGCUAGGUAUGAGAGCACCAAGUGGAAGAGGAGGUUGGAGGCUGGUGGGUUGUUGGAGCUCGAAGGGGAGGAUGUGAAGGGUGAAUUGAUUGUUACCAAGGUCAACUAG